GUAACCAGUAUCAGGGCACCCCGAGGUUGUGUCCUCUCUCGCACUCCCUCCAAGGACUCCAAAAGGGGUUGGUACUACAAACUGAUAAUUAGUGCAUAGGCACAAAACACAAUCAGGACCCAUUUCUCCACCCAAAGCCAGGGAGAUGCUACUCUCUCGUCGACUGGAGUGAACCCCAAUGGACAGAUGCCGAUCAAGGGGGAUUAAGUAUACCAACACCUUUUCGGGACCUCUCACCGUGGGCAACUCCAGCAUGGAAGAGAGUCCGACCCCUCUCAAGAGGGCUAGUACCAGAGCCCAAGAAGUGUGUGGCGGCGAGCCUAACUAUAUGUAAUCUGAAUUUCUUGACCUCACAGACCAGCUCCGGUGCCUUCCCUGCCAGACAAGUUUGGAAAUACGCUGACCAAAUUAAAAAGACCACGUGACCAGAACCUGCCAUAUCAAUUACAGAAUGAAUGCAUCAACUAAUUCAACUCCAUUUUCGAAUGAAGUUCACCUUGAGUUUUGGCCUCUAGUUUCAAGAAUGAAAAGGUCCCGUUAACUCGGCUAAUUGGGUGGAUUUCUAAUGCUGUCAUUUUGUUGGCUAUGUCAGUAUGCAAAAGAUGUCACCCCAAUUUUUUGAUGGGCUUUUAGAAUAUUCUUCUUCUUAUUAUUAUUUCAAGUAGGAUAGUACUCCGAUUAGGGGGGGGGGGGGUGUCAGAUCGAGCACCCCAAAAUUGACAUUUUGCCCCUGCUUUCAAGGGCCAACGCGCGCCUUGGAAUGCUUUGGAGUGUGGUUGGUUGUGCCUGCGCUGCCACUGCUGCUUCUUCUUCUUCUUCUUCGUGGCUAAAUGGUGCAGCGCAACACACCGAGCGACGAUCCCGAUCGUUGACCGCCUCGGCCUUUUUGCUGCGCCGCAUCUUCCGCGCUGUGUCUCGCGUGAGCCGCUGCGAAGCGGCCGAGCGGCGACGGCGUCGAUAGGCCAAAACGGAAACAGAAAUGACAUUUUGCGUGCGCGUGUUGUGAUCGACGGAGAUGACACGCAUACAGAAGAUUGUUUUGUUUUGUGCAGCAAUGAGGCAGGGGGAGGAUAGUCGCCACAGAGACGCUGGGCUCCGGCCAAACAUCGCUGCGUUUUAGCACAUAUUCCAUGGUCCGGAUUUGCAUUUGCUACAUCGCUGAUCGACCGCGUUCUCUGGUCCCCAUCUUUUUUUUUUUUUUUUUUUUUUUCUCUCUCGGUGUGUGCAAAGUGCACGCUGGAUGGAAGAUGCGGUUGUUUUGAGGACACCCCCCUCCGGAUAUCAAUUCCUGCCAUGACAGGCAGAGGUCUGCUCUCGACCGCGGUUCGACCGGCCGGAGAAGAGGCAGAUUGAUUCGGGACGGUGGGUCAUAUCUGCGGAUGUUAUUUUGCCGGUGGAACCUGUGAAAACUGCUCACCGCGAUUGUCACUCAGGGAAAGGCGAAAGAGAAAACAUGUCCUCUCGAUCUGCAUUACCGUCUGGAAACGACAGGAGUACUGGCGACCAUCAUGCGUUGCUGGGGGCCAGCCGUUCGGACAAGGCCACAAGUCAGUCCAGCCGUUCGCUUGGUGCCCGGUGCAGGAACUCUAUUGCUUCCUGCUCUGAUGAGCAGCCACACAUUGGCAACUAUCGUUUACUAAAGACCAUCGGGAAGGGAAAUUUUGCCAAGGUCAAGUUGGCACGCCACAUCCUGACAGGCCGAGAGGUUGCAAUAAAAAUCAUAGACAAAACUCAGUUGAAUCCAACCAGCCUACAAAAGCUCUUUCGGGAGGUCCGAAUAAUGAAAGGCUUAAAUCACCCCAACAUAGUGCAGCUGUUUGAGGUGAUUGAGACUGAUAAGACCCUUUACCUGAUCAUGGAGUAUGCUAGUGGAGGUGAAGUGUUUGACUACCUCGUGUCUCAUGGAAGAAUGAAGGAGGUUGAAGCCAGAGCCAAAUUUCGACAGAUUGUUUCUGCUGUCCAUUAUUGCCACACUAAGAAUAUCGUCCACAGAGAUUUGAAGGCGGAGAAUCUUCUGCUGGAUGCUGACGCCAAUAUCAAGAUCGCCGAUUUCGGUUUCAGCAAUGAAUUCACACUGGGUAACAAACUGGACACGUUCUGCGGCUCGCCCCCCUACGCUGCCCCCGAACUAUUCCAGGGAAAGAAAUACGACGGACCCGAAGUGGAUGUCUGGAGUCUUGGAGUCAUCCUGUACACACUAGUCAGUGGCUCGCUGCCUUUUGAUGGGCAGAACUUGAAGGAGCUGAGGGAGCGUGUGCUGAGGGGAAAGUACCGCGUUCCCUUUUACAUGUCCACAGACUGUGAAGGGAUCCUUCGUCGAUUCCUGGUGCUCAAUCCAGCCAAACGCUGCACCCUUGACCAAGUCAUGAAGGACAAGUGGAUAAAUUCAGGGUUUGAGGGUGAGGACCUAAAGCCCCAUAUAGAACCUAUUGAAGACUACAGUGAUCCGGCCCGCAUAGAGGUGAUGGUCGGCAUGGGCUUCACCCCAGAGGAAAUCAAGGACUCUCUGCUCAAUCAAAAAUACAACGAGGUUACGGCUACCUACUUACUGCUGGGCCGCAAAGGGGAUGAGAGCAGUGAGGCCCGCACAGCCAGCACCCUGUCCUUGGCAAGGGUGCGACCCAGCCCAAUCACCAAUGGAACCAAACACUCUUCAGCAGCUGCAGGCUCCUCUUCUUCAUCCACCUCCUCCUCACACAGUAAGACUCAGCGCAGUGCCUCCACUUACCACAGGCAGCGACGACACAGCGACUUCUGCGGGCCUUCCAUGCCCGUCAUGCACCCCAAACGGAGCCCAACAAGCACGGGCGAGCGGGAACUACGAGAGGGACGAAUGCCUUCCCGCAAAGCCAGUUGCAGCGUGAUGGGAAGCCACAGCCUCCCUCCUUCUAGUCCAAUGGUUAGCAGCGCCAACAAUCCCAACAAGUCGGAGAUACCAGACCGCCGUAAAGACAUGACCGCCACUACAAAUAACAUCCCUGGAAGUGCGAUGACACGCCGAAACACAUACGUGUGCACGGACCGCUCAGGGACUGACAGGCACUCUCUCCUGCAGAAUGGCAAAGACAACAGUUCUCUAGGCCACCGAAUGCCGACAGCGUCUCCCUCCACACUCAGCAUUUCUGGGGCUGGAGCCACAGCUUCCUCUUCCUCCGAGCGAUGCCGCUUGACCCGAGGCUCCACGAUCCGCAGCACCUUUCACGGGGGACAGCUGAGGGACCGUGGCCCUCCGAUUUACUCCGCCCCGCCCACUUCACCCACCCUGUCCCACCAUGAUGCCAGCCCGCUGCCCCAUGCUCGGACCAGGGCCACAUCCAACCUCUUCAGCAAGCUGACCUCCAAACUCACUCGCAGGGUCAACCUUGACCCGUCCAAGCGCCAGGGCUCAAACAAAUCAGUGUCGGGUUGCACUCUUCCUCAAGGAUCAAAAACCGUUAGGUCACAAAUGAAUCUGAGGGAAUCAGGAGAUUUGCGAUCACAAGGUCAGUCGAACGUCCGAUUUUGCUUUCUGUACCCUUCCAGUUGCCAUCUACCUUGGUAUCAAAAAGCGUCCGAGCCCAGGGCCGUCGGACGUGGCCGGGAUCUGAGGAGCGGCGGGCGGCGGGACCCUGCGGAGGUUGUAGUGGCUCUGCGGGAGGCAGCACUCGGGUGUGGCUGCCAGGUGCAACACGCCGGCCCCUUUCUGCUCUCCUGCACCCAUGGCGAGGCAGGGGGCCGCGUGGCUUUUGAGGCCGAGGUGUGCCAUCUUUCCACGGGCGCCUCUGGGACUUCAAAUGGGGUGCGCUAUACACGACUCUGGGGGGCACCACUAGCUUUUCGGGACAUCGCCACCCAAAUAUCCAAGGAUCUUGAACUCUAAGUGGAGGCUGGGCUUGAACGUGAGGGUGGGGAUUUUUCAGUGUGUGUGAGUGUUUGGAAGGGUAUUUACGUGUGGGAAAGAAAAAAAAAAAAAAAAAAAGACAAUUUUAGAAUAAUGGCGCCGAGAAGUACUAAAUACUAAAUUCUCUGCCUAGUUUCUUCGCAACUACCCCACAUGUAGACACACACACACACACACACACACACACACUGAGGAAGACAUCCCCUCACCCCACGCGUCCCCUCCGUCCCGUCACCCUCUCCUCACUGAGAAACUUCACACUCUGGACCUGGAUCUGACUGAAUCUAGUUAAAUAUUUUUUACUACUACUCUAGCCAUAAUUAUUAUUUUUUAAUUUAUUUCUCUGAUGGUUGAUUUUAUCCAGUAUUAUUUUUACUAGUACAGAAAAAAAUUCAUUGUGUUUGAUUGACCACCCCGUCCUCUUUUUAAAUAUUAUCUGUUCAUAUUUACAGACACCAUUCACUUUUUCAUAAACUUCUGGACUUCAACACAUGGGAAAGGUUUGGCUUUGUGUCAGACAUGCAAUCAAAGUGGGUCGCUUCGAUUAGUCCACAUUGCUACGUAUUGCAGGAAGGACUGCACUGGAUUAAGGUCAAUGGGAACAGGGUUGGCCAGUCAGAAGCUGACCAACACUAAUGAGUCUGCGACGUCUUCAGCUUAACGAAGUGGUGGCUUUGUGGCUUUUCGAUCAAAGUUCCAGGUAACAGAUGUGCACAAAAAGGCUGCAGACAGCUCAUUCAAUCAAUUUCUUUUUUUCGUUUGCUCACCAUCCAAGUCAUACAAUUAUGCCACAAAAUAUUAAUACCUUGGCCAAAUUUGCACUUAGUCCUUUUAGACUUCAUAGAAAUUGGUCUAAUAACUGGAAAUCAUGGCCGAAAGGGGUAAAUGACUGUAAAAAGUUGGGAUUAAGGGAUCCAUCCAUCCAUCCAUCCAUUUUCUUUGCCACUUAUCCCCACGAGGGUCACGGGGAUUGCUGGAGCCUAUCCCAGCUGUCAACAGGCAGGAGGCGAGGUACACCCUCGUCUGGUUGUCAGCCAAUCGCAGACGGACAACAGUCACACUCACAAUCACACCUAGGGACAAUUUCGAGUCUCCAAUUAAUGUUGCAUGUUUUUGGGAUGUGGGAGGAAACCGGAGUGCCUGGAGAAAACCCACGCAGGCACGGGGAGAACAUGCAAACUGAUGCUGACUGAUAUUCAUCGGAAUAAUUGAUUUAAUCAAUUGGUUUUGACAAUUAUUCAGAGGGUUACUUAUGAAUGGAAUACAUCCUUGUCUGGGGAGCUUGCGUAUUUGUCUGCCGUCAGACUGAUUAAAUGAAUCAAAAUCGAAUUAGAGCAGAUGUGUUCAAGUGUGAGUUUAGCCGGACUUUCCGCCACCAAAUUGUCACGGGGCGCGGGGAUAUGUCAAAGGACGCACCUCUGCUUGUAGCAGACUGAACUGCAAAAUUGGCAAACCCACAGGGAACUUUGUGCUCGCAUGAAAACUAGCAAACAGCAGCUUUUGCGCCUUGCCAGAUUUGCGAUUUAACCUUUCAAGUGGGUAUUUUUGGACAGUGAUCCAACUUUUGUCAACAGAUGCAUUUUCACUCGAGCGCCAUCUAAAAUUUGGCCAGGGUAUUAAUAAUCUCAGGAGGAACUGUAGAUAAAACACAUUUUUUGAUGAUCAUGCUUGUCCUGAGGAUCAGAAUUUUCCAACCUGUCUUGGUGUGUCAUCCCUUGGCUUUUCCGUUAACCGCAGAGCACUGAAAGCGGCAAUUCUGACACACACUUGAGAGAAUCAGUCCGACCUGUAGCCCUCGUUCACUCGAGCGUUUAUGACAUAUGGUUUCACGGUGUCAUGGGCAGCUGAACAUGAGGCAAUUACUCCGUAUCGGUUUUUAGUGUAGCCUGUUGUGCCGUCGCAACUGACUGGCUUUCAGCACUUGUGCCCAUCUCUGUGCCCUGCACGGUCGCCACAUAAUUACCAAAUGAGUGGAUGAGCCAAGUAGCAAAACCCAUCAGAGUACACAGAAAAACACACCCCGCCCUCUUCUUCUUGCUUGUUGUGGCACAGUAUAUAAACUUGUCUGUCCAUUCCUGAUGACUUUGGGCUGUUGCAUAUAAAAGGGAAGGAAGUACCCUGGAAAGGUGUGUUGAAGGCAUUGUGGACCUUUUUGUUGUUUUUUUUUUUUUCCCCUUCUUCUUUUUAGUCCAGUUGCCUUUACAGUGAACUACCCCAGCGCCUUCACACGGUAUAUAUUUAAUGUACAAAAAGGAAGCGGCAGAAAGAGACUGCUUUCUAUUCUCCCUCCGUGUUUUUAGUGAAUACCGUACUGUGAUAUUUACGUAGGCUGCAGAGAUCAUGUCGUUCGGCUGCUGAUUUACUGUUAAUACGACUUCAAUUGUGGCUUUUCUCACGGUGACCCAAAACCAACACCCACCAUCCGCCAUGUCCAUUUCCUUUUCUUACCAACCAAGUCAAGCAACUCUAUAAAAACAGGGAUGCCAACCUCCACCAUCAACCACCUUCGAGUUCAGUCAUUCCAGUACGCAUCUGGCUUUCCCCAACUUCGAGACCCUGUUUUCUCAUCGUAAUGCGCACCCUUAUGCAGUCACAUCACAGACUAAUGUAUGACAUUGUCUCAUUGCUGAUUGGUGUGUGCUUUUUCAGCCAGGGAGUGGGGAAACUGGACCUCUUCUUUAGGGUGAAAAGCAGUGUGGACGCCAGGAGUCCGUCCUUGUCUUCUGCCUCGUUGUGGUAUAUAUUUGCAUUAGGUCAUAUAGACCUCAAUGCACUUUGCUUUGACUUGAAUCAGCUCCUUCCAGUGGACCUAUAUGGGAUACCCACAACUAGCCACUGGGAGGCGCCAACGUCUUAAAUGUGAAACACUUCGAUUUGUGGAUAUUUGCACAGGUACUUAAUUUAUUUUUUAGAAUAAUAUAAAAAAAAAAAAAACGGGAUUUAUAUCAGUCAGUUGUUGGCUGUAUAUACAAUUUAUGAAAAUAGUAUAUAUCUUAGAGCUCAAGGUUUAUUUAUAGCUAGAGCAAGAGAACGUCAGUCUAAUUUAAAGCUGUUUCUGUCAGUGACAAUGGGAAAAGCAACCCGCAUGUCUUCACAGUUGGGAAUUAAAUUGGGAAAUGAAAUGCGGUGCAACAGCUGGGAUCGGUAGCUUUGUGAAACGCAGACACAUAUUUGAACUUAACGAUACAAUAUCAAGAAACAAGUGCAUUGUAUGGCUGCAAGCUUUUUCCCUAUCUCACUUUUGGACAGACAGCAUUUGGGUACAACACAGUGACUUCAAAUUAUUCACUACAUUCAGGGUAUCUUCAGGCUCAUUAAAAGGUAGACCACUAAUUAGAAAUGUACCCGCAUAAUCUGCUGAAACAAAACAUUUAGUUUUCAGGACCUUAUUUAAAUUGGGAAUCAAACUGUUUACCUUGAACUGAAUCCGAUCCUUGACGUUAUGAAACCCCUGUGUUGCAUUCAAGCCAUAGAAAGCUAUGCCACUGACUUGGUUGUAUAUCAGGUGAAGCAUUGCAGUGGAACCAACUGAAGACAAAAAAAAAAAAAAAAGCCCAACAAGCAACUCACUCUUA